AUGAUUCAGACUCUGAAAGACGCUCCAGUUGAUACUUCUACCGUAGACGAGAACACUCCUUGGUUUCGAAAGAUUAACCUUGGUGAAAACAAGUAUAAAAAUACAUUAGGAGCUGUGGCCUUAUUAGUAGGUACUGGAUCCUUAGGAAUGAUUUGGAUGUAUACAUUGCGUUCUGUAAGAUUUUUAAUUCUCAAUAAAGGAGGUAGACACCUCACCUUUGUAACAUACACUCCCUUUGGUAAAAACCGAAUUAUGAAAGUGCCAAUUGAAAAUGUCUGCUGCAAGGAAGAUAGAAAGUUAGCCAAAGUACAAUUACCUUUGAAGGUGAAAAAUACAGCUAUGCAUUACAUGGUAGACAUGAGAGGUGAAUUUAAGAAUCCUCUGCUUUUUGAUUCAACUGCUGGUCUAUCAAGAAAGUGGUAA